AUGGCAAAUUCCAAUCCAGAAAAGGUAAAAGGACAAGAAAAUGCACAAGGAAGAUUUCGUAGAAAUACGAUUGGAUAUAACGGUAAUCCUUCAAUGGAAAGCUACAAAGAUCGUGUAGCUAUGGACAAUUAUUAUGAUAAAAAUGAAGAAGCAAUCUUGGAUGAAGAGGAAGAUGAAAAUGAUCGGGUAAAGAGCUCUCAAGACUUUCAAAGACUAUUGAAAAUGACAAUAGACAACAGGGAUGAACAAGGCUUUUGUAAGAAAAAAUCAAGAAGUUACUCAGCAGAUAGUUAUUCCUCUCAAGAAGAUUCUGAAAGUGAUAGCCGUGAUACUAUUUAUUUUCAACCUAAGAAAAUAUAUGAGUUGGACAAUGAAAAUGACACCACUUCAAAAAUUACUUUACAAUAUCCUAGAUCAUCCAAGUCACCAUUUUAUUUAUCAGUAUCCGAUUCAAACCAAGGCUCAAGAACUUUUGAUAAUUUAAGAUUAAAAUCAAAUGAUACAAUACAUCCAAAUAAUUUAGAUGAAAAGCAUGACUUUUAUUUAAAUGAAAUUAAUUUAAGUGAAAAUGGUAAUUCAAAUACUAGAGCACCUUCUACUAUGAAAUCAUUUAAAGCAAUAAAAGAAGAAGAUAAUGAUGAUACUAAUAAGCUAUCAAAUCAUAGACCACAAUCCCCAAUAUACCAAUUAAAUAGCUCCAACCUUGCUCUGGUUGGAAUGGAAGAUGAGUAUGUUCCAGAUUUAGAUUUUUCAGAACUUGUAAUGGGUUGGCAGAGAUCUGGCUCUUCGAAAACAAACUCAAAUCGUUUUUUAAAGGAUAUCAGUGCUGAAGAAGGAUUAAAGUCCUUAAACCAUAAUCGUAAAACUAAUAAUAAAUAUGUUGGAUCUGCAGGAAGUACUGCCAAUAAUAAUAGUGUUUAUCCUUAUGAUUUUGAUUAUAGCACAAGCAAUAGAAAAUCAUGGUUAAAUUCUAUGAUGGCAAAUAAUCAUAACAAUGAUUCUAGUUCAACCUCACAUAGAUACACAACAUCUUUGAUGAGGAUUCAACCUGAUCUUUCUACCAAUGUUUCAAGAUGUACAACAAGUGACAGUAUGGUUCAGGACUAUAAUAAAGAUGACAUUUUAUUAGAUUCACCGAACGAUUCUUUCUUAUAUCCUAAUUCAAACCAUGCCGUUGUUGAUCCAAUCCCCUUGCCUAAUUUAUCAAUAGGAAAUAUUGAGUCAUAUAGACAAGAAUUGCCUUCGACAAUUACCUGUCCAAUAGAUUUAGAACGGCGUGACAAAAAUAUUAAUAGAAGUUUUGAAAGUAAUGAAGAUAGUAAUUCUGAAAAUAAUGAUGUCUUAGCAAGGAACGCAAAGACUAACGAAAGUGAGGAAGUCAAGCUAAUCGAGAGUAUUAUUUUAAACUCAGAAGCAGAAAAAAUUGACCCAUUGACACAAUCAUUUCAAACAUUUGCGACAAGAAGAAAGUCAUCUAUUCCAGCAUCACUAGAUUCUGCUGGGUCUUCCCUGACAUAUUUACCGAAUAAUUCAGGCUCAAUAUUUGAAGAAUUGAAAAUGACUGCAGAGCAAGUAAUGGAAUUAAUUAAAAAAUUACCUCCAGAUUUUAUAUCACUUCCAUAUUCUCAAAGAAAAAAAAUGAUAAUUGUAUUAGCACCAGGCAAAAAUUAUAAAAUUUUGUUGAGUUUAAUAAAGCGCUAUAGUUUAAAAUCUUCGAGGAGUAAUGUAUCAUUACCAAAAGGAAAUAUGAGGUCAAGGCAUGGAUCAAUAGCUAGCCAAUUUUUGAGUUCAUUUUCUCCAUCAACAUCUUCGAUGGCUAGUAUUGGAAGUGUAAAGCCUGGUGACCAAGGUUCGCAAAUUCUUGGCCAUAGGUUGGGUAAAAUUAUUGGCUUUGGCGCAUGGGGUAUGGUAAGAGAUUGUAUAGAUAUUACUAGUGGGCAAAAUAGAGCAAUGAAAAUUGUCCGGUUUAAAAGCAAUAUCAAAGUUCGAAAAAAGGUUAUAAAGGAAGUUAAUAUUUGGAAAGAUUUAAAACAUCAAUAUAUUUUACCAUUACUGGAUUGGAGUUUAGAUCGAGAGUUUGCGAUGUAUUGCUUGACUGAAAAAAUUUCAGGAGGAACUUUGUAUGAUUUAGUUAUUUCGUGGGAUGAACUACGAAGAUCUAAAAUUAAAGUUGAAGACAGAUGUAAGAUUACAAUACAUCUUAUUACCCAACUUCUUAAGGCCCUUGAAUAUAUGCAUUCUAAAUUCUUAGUUCACGGAGAUAUUAAACUAGAAAAUUGUUUACUUCAAAGGGGUAAUAAUGUUUUAUAUUGGAAAAUUUAUCUAUGUGACUUUGGGAUGAGUACUUCCUUUAAAUCAACGUUAAAUGACCAAGAUGAUUUGUCUGUUGAUCGAGAAAUCGAGAUGAAUGUAAUUUCACCAAACUCUGUACUACGAAGUUUUUCAAAUACUAUUGAUGGAAAAAAUUCUCUUCCAAAUAGGAGACCUUCAUUAAAAUCUCCAACUUCUCCAAAUACUCUUGAACGUACUUCUAGUGGAAUUAAAAGGAUGGUUGAUUAUAACAGUGUAAUUAAGAAUAGAAAGAGUAUUUCUGUAGAAAGUCCAUUACAGAGAGAGGGUGUAUUCAGGGAUAAGACAAAUAUCCAACGAAGAGUUGGAAACAAAUCUUCAAAGGCUUCAACUUCUAGCUCUAUUUCCUUAUCAAAUCUGCCUUCACCAAGAAAUACUACACUUCCUAACUCUGUUGGGAAUCAAGGGAUUAACAGAGAACAUUCUUUAACUAUUAGAAGCCCAGCACCAGAUUCUGCAAUAGGGUCUUUACCUUAUGCUUCUCCUGAACUUUUAGAUGAUGACGUAGGGUAUUUAUCUCAGGGCCCUGGGGCAGAUAUUUGGGCCUUAGGUGUUACUAUUUAUGCAAUGUUAUUGGGCCGCUUACCAUUUAAACAUGAAUUCGAAAGCCGAUUAAAAGCACAAAUACUUGCAGGUAAGUAUGAUAAAGCUCCCUUGCGAGAAGUUUGUAAUAUGGAUAAACCAAUCAGACGAAAUAGUGCCACUCAAUUUGAACAGUUUCCUAAUCUUUAUAGUGUUGUAUCUCACUGUUUACUAGUAGAUGUUGAUCAAAGAUGGUCAUUAGAUAUGAUCAAUACUUCUUUACAAAAAGAUGCUGCUUCUGAUGAUGGUUUGUCUCGUAUUGAAAUUUUAUGA